UAAAAAUACGUCACGAAAUAAUAAACAUGUUAGGCAUUUUUCAUUUCCAAAAAAUGAAGAAAUGAUUGCGCAGUAGAAAAGACUUUGCAAAGAAAAUGUCAAUGCAAAGAACGAAAUGUCUGCGCAGUAGCACACCUUGUUACUUCCACCAUGGACGCACCAAUUGUCCAUGACGAACGAUCUAACCUCGUCGCGUGCUGCGUGAAUUGCACAAAUGAGGGAAGGAGCGAUGAGAAUCUGAGUUGGAGGUUAUUCCUGUCAAAAGAAAGAGGAUCAAGUUCGUUCGUCAACAACACGCUACAUCGUCCAAGGAGCAGUCGCCGAGUCGAAGCCGCCGAGCUCGCAAGAGACCGCAAUGGGCGUACCAAGCAGAAACGUCGAGGCGAUGGACGUGGACGCGAAUCCGGCGAACGCGCCGGACGCGCAAAGUGGCGACGGCGAUGGUGCGGGCGAGCGCAAGGACACCGACGUUCAGACUCUGCACGACAUCCGGGAGCAUACCCGACAGAUCGAGAAGGCGGUACAGAACAAGGAACCGCGUUUCGUGCUGCGCGCGCUGCGUGCCCUGCCCAACACCCGUCGUCGCCUCAACCCCGUUGUUCUACGCGGUCUCAUCACAGGAUUCUACACCAGGUCCGCCACCGAGCGCGAUGCCCUGCUCACCUGGGUAGAGGAGCCGAUGGACGUCGACGACACCCAGGGCGUCAUCCAGAAGUUCCGCGGCUCCUCGUCCUCUCUGCUACCCGAGAUCGAUGCGUACGUACACCUGCUGGUGUUGAUCCGGCUGAUCGACACCAGAAAGUACAACGAGGCGGUGCAGUGCUCGGAGCUGCUGGUGCAGAAGAUCGCCGCGCAGAACCGCAGGACCAUAGACCUCAUCGCUGCCAAGUGCUACUUCUAUCACUCGCGAGCGUACGAGCUGACGAAUCAGCUGGACAAGAUCCGUGGUUUCCUUCAUCUCCGCCUACGUACUGCAACUCUGCGCAACGACUUCGAGGGCCAGGCGGUGCUGAUCAACUGUCUGCUGCGCAACUACCUGCACUACAAUCUCUACGAUCAGGCGGACAAGCUGGUGCUGAAGUCCACCUUCCCAGAGUCGGCCAGCAACAACGAGUGGGCCCGAUUCCUCUACUAUCUCGGGAGAAUAAAGGCUGCCAGAUUGGAGUACUCGGCCGCGCACAAGUAUCUAGUGCAGGCGAUGCGCAAGGCGCCACAGACAACGGCAGUCGGAUUCAGGCAGACGGUGCAGAAACUGGCGGUCGCCGUGGAGCUCCUCCUGGGCGACAUUCCGGAGCGGCAGAUAUUCCGGCAGGCGGCGCUGCGACGAGCCCUGGCGCCCUACUUUCAGCUGACGCAGGCGGUGCGCCUGGGUAAUCUCCAGCGCUUCGGCGAGGUGCUGGAGAACUUCGGUCCCCAGUUCCGCGCGGAUCACACGUUCACGUUGAUUCUGCGGUUGCGGCACAACGUCAUCAAGACGGCGAUUCGCUCGAUUGGGCUCUCCUACUCGCGCAUCGCGCCGGUCGACAUCGCGCGCAAGCUGGGCCUGGACUCGAGCGUGGACGCCGAGUUCAUCGUGGCGAAGGCGAUCCGCGACGGCGUGAUCGAGGCCACCCUGGAACCGGAAAACGGCUACAUGCGCAGCAAGGAGACCACAGACAUCUACUGCACCAAGGAACCCUUGUUGGCGUUCCACCAGAGGAUCACCUUCUGCUUGGAUCUGCACAAUCAGAGCGUCAAGGCGAUGCGCUAUCCGCCAAAAUCGUACGGAAAGGAUCUGGAGUCCGCAGAGGAGCGUAGAGAAAGGGAACAACAGGAUCUGGAGCUGGCGAAGGAGAUGGCCGAGGAAGACGACGAUGGUUUUCCUUGAACUUGUUGCGUCGCAUUGCUCUUAGGAGAAAUUAGGGAAGAUUCUACGGCAUUUUCCGUAGGACCGUUCGCAAAACGAUAUGUUUAUUAACGUGUGCUUUUUUAACAUUAAAUGGAUUUGUAGAUAUAUCUACACAGCAAUCGCAGCGAAAUAAAGGCGUCACCGUAAUUUUCGUGGAAUGCUUCCUCCGCAUUCAUGGACGUUAGUACUGAUAACGACUUAAUGAAUAAGAUUUAAAUUAAGUAAUGAUAAAAGUAUAUGAAAUAAAGAAAAAGAAACCUAUGCAGUUGAUUUAAUAAAGUAACUUUGAGAUA